AUGGACCCGCAGCAACGCUGGGAACUCGAAGCCGCCUACCACGCCUUUGAGAACGCGGGCAUCCCGCUCGAGAGCGUCCGCGGCAGCCGCACGGCCGUGUACGCGGCGUCCAUGUCCAACGACAUGUCGAGCGUGUUCGCCAAGGACCCCGACGCGUCGCCGCGCAUGGCCAUGACGGGCAGCACGGCGCCGAUCCUGGCCAACCGGGUCAGCUGGUACUUCAACCUGCGGGGGCCGAGCGUGCACGUCGACACGGCCUUCGACAUGCGCGCCAACUGGAACGCGCGCGGCGAGGGCGUGGUGGCGCUGCUGAUCAAGCCGCUGGCCGACGUGCUGCGGCACGGCGACGUCGUCCGCGCCGUGCUGCGCCCCACGGCGUCCAACCAGGACGACCGCACGCCGGGCCUGACCCAGACCAGCGCCGACGCGCAGGGGGCGCUCAUGCGGCACGUCUACGCCAAGGCGGGUCUGUCGUUUGCCGAGACGAGAGGAAAGAGAAGAGGAAAAGGGAAAGGGAAAUAG